GAGCACUGGGUCAGAAACAAGCUUCUCCAAACAAGGGGUGGUAUCACCGUGGCCCAGCUGAUAGCCCCCAGGCAAUAACCUGCUGUGAUUUCGAACUAGGCUAUUACAAGUCUGAUACAAUGUCAGGUAAAGAUAAGCAACCUGGCUGGUACUUGUCACUGGCAAUGCCAAAUGUGAGAGGGCCAGCAUAUGCAUGGCUGGAUCCUUCUCCUAUAUACUUGAACCCAGAGGCUAUGCAAGAUUGUGUUGCUGACAUGAUUAGACCCUUUGAUCAUUCUGAAAUUGAUCUUGUGGCAGGGAUUGAUGGUACAGGGUUUGUGCUAGGUUCAGCAAUCGCUUAUCACCUCAAAAAAGGAUUUCUGAUGAUUAGAAAAGCUGGUCACUUAGCUGUGGAUGUGACUACUGUUGAAUAUACAGACUACCAGAAGAAGCAGAAAAGUUUAGAAAUGAGGCAAAAUCCAUUUCCACCUGGUACUAGGGUGCUGGUGGUUGAUCAGUGGAUAGAGACAGGUGGCACAAUGUGGGCUGCUGUCAACCUCAUUGAAAAGGCAGGUGGAAAAGUGGCAGGUAUUGCCACUAUAUGUAUGGAGGAGAUGGAAGGUGCCAUGAAGCUGAAGAUGCAGUAUGAUGUCGUGCAUUGUGUUCCCAAUGAAGAAUUGCAGAAACAAGUGAAUGAUCACUACUUGGAGAGUUUCAAAAACUUUGAGAAGUAGAAGUGUGAGAGUUAGAUAGGCGUGGCAUUACAAUAGGGUAAUUUAUUUCAAUUAAAUGUGCUUAUCAAAUAAGUGAUUUACAAUGUUGAAAACAUUCUUUAUUAAGCUUAUUUUUACAUGGUUGCCAAACUGUAAUGUUUCAGAUAAACAAAUAACGUGCUGAUGGCAUAGUCUUCUUUUAAUUGUUUAAAUGGCAUUUAAAAUCAGUUUAUACUGCAUGCUUACCAUGUAUGUAUACUGUCUACAUAUUUAAUUCACUGUGACUAUUAAGUAUUUAAGUACAAGUAUUCAUUCAGACCAAUUCAUGGUGAAUCAAAGUAUAUAGCAAAGGUUGCACUUUUUUAUUUGAUAGUAAUACUCUGAAUAACUGCAACUUAGGUUGAACGGAAUAACUUAACAGGUUGUGCUACAUAAAUCUUUCAGACAUUCAACCUCUUCAUUUGUGGCAUUUACAAACUUUCAAGCAGUUGCCUUUUAGAAAAUCUACAUUUGUAAUGUUCAUUGGCAAACAACCUUUAGUGAUCAAAUUACCAAUAGCUAGCAUCUGUCAAUUACAUUUGCUUUCUGGCAGCACAUUCUUGUGAAAAUGUUGAUUACUCCCACCAUCAUCAGAAUUGUAAACUUAAUGCAUUUAUGCAUACUCUACAUAUACAUGUAAGUAACUUAGGACAAAGUCCCAUUGUUUUUUGGUCUUAUACUACCGUUUAAGAUCUUUAAUAGUAGACUUUAAUAGUAGAUCAUUUUGAGUACUUUUAUGUUGGUAACUCUGCACUCUCAUUUCACAAAAUAUUGUAUUCUUAAUAUUUUCUAGUAUUUUAUCAAAGAUGAAAAAGUCCGUGUUGUGAUAGAAUUCCUCAGUGUUUUAUAUGUAUUCCCCCUGCAGCAUAAUGACACAUUAUCAAGAAUGUACAUUUAUACACAAAAGUACAUUGUGAUAUUUAUUUUGAUACUAAUAAUAUCUGUAUGUUUCUACAUAGCAGUAUAUACUACUAAUUGUAAUAUUUGUGUUAGUUUUUUUUUUUUUUUUUUAUUAUGACACUGUGAAUACUAUGCAAUGUCAAAAAGGCAUCGUUUCCCAAGCCUAACACUUCAGUUUUUUCAUUGCAAAAUUUCAAAAUAAAAUAUUUUCCAAUUCUGA